GAGACGAUCACUGAAAGCUAUUUACAGAGCUACUCAUCCUUGCUCGUGGAAACCUCAUAGACACGGUAUGGAGAUGAACGCGACUGCAGAGGUCUCUGCACAGGAAGAAGUUCUUAACCUCAAGCCUUGUGAACAUCAAGCUGGAGGCCACUUUGCUUCCGGAAAGGAGGCUGCAACCUUUGUGGACAACUCGGGGAAAUUCUACAAGGUUUUCCAGGAUGACACACGUGGUGGACGAGAAGCCUGUAUCUAUGAACUAAUCUUUAGCGACAGCGGGGAGGGCGCUGAUAAUGAUGACCUGCGCAAGCUGCGGCAGUUUGUACCGAAAUACUUCGGUACAGUUGUCACGGGCGACAGGAAGCUGCUCGCGUUGGAGGACACCUGCAGCGCGUACAAGAAGCCGUGUGUGCUUGAUGCGAAGAUGGGUCUGACGACAAUCUACGAGUGGGCGGAUGACAAGUACAAGGCUAAGAACAAGGGCAAGGACGCCACCACCACGCAGUCCAGCCUGGGCUUCCGCGUGACGGGCUUCAAGGUGUGGCAGCAGGCGCGCGGGGAGUACCGCACAGCCGACCGCCACUACGGCAAGCAGCUCACGGCGGAGAGCAUGGGCGCAGCGCUGGCCACCUUUGGCAGCAACGGUGCGCUGACGCCACGUGACGUGUACG